AUGCAUCUCAUUAAUCUUCCAACUGCUCUCCUCCUCCUAACUUCGGUUCUGUCUACCACUGCCCUUCCAGUUCAGUGAGUAUCUCUUCUCGGCCUAUUACCUCUUCAGCCAACUAACCUUCUACCAGAAAUGCAGAGGCAGAACUUGAAGCGCGAAUGCCUGGGGAAAUCAACCGAAGAGCCUGGGACAAGCCACCAGUCGAUCGCAACUACAGACACCACCCCUUCAAAAUCCCACAACCAGGAGCCCUCAAACCCCCACCAGCAGUAGUCGCCGCUGCGCCCCCAGUGCCCGGGAAGAUGGGUGCGAUCAGAAAACUCAAGAAACUCCUCGGUCGAGAAGCCGAUGGCGAACUCGAAGCCCGCGAUCCAAUGAUCCGGCCUAACAAGAUCGGGUCCAAGAUGUUCGGAGGUCCCACCUUACCUAAAGUUGGACAUCCAGGUCUACGCAAGGGUGCUUCAAUGCCUCCUCCCAUUGCGCGGCCUGGAUCGCCUCCUCACAUCUCUUCCAAGGCGCCGCCUCUGGCUCCUCAGAAGAACUCUGCGCCUGGCGGUUUAUUUAAGAGAGAGGCUUCAAAAACAGGGCAGUUAAGGAUCCCAUCCGCGAAUAGAAAACUCGAGUACCUCACCCGUUUUAUGACCCCAGAACCAAAUUUACGCAACGCUGCUUCGAAACCUGCUCCUAACGCUCGGCCUGGAUCGCCUCCCCACAUCUCUUCCAAGGCGCCGCCUCUGGCUCCUCAGAAGAACUCUGCGCCUGGUGGGUUACUAGAUGUACUUAAGAGAGAGGCUUCAACAACAGGGCAGUUCAAGAUCCCAUUAGAGAAGAACAAACUCGACUACAUCACCCGUUUCAUGAAGGGUACCCCAGGUCCACGUCCUCAGCGUGCUGAAAUUCCCGCUCCAAAGCCCGCCCGCGUCCCCCGGCUACCCUUUCCUGGUAACACUCAGUCGCGUUUUGCAUCUGAAAAGAAGGGUGGCGUUGCGAAGAGAGAGGCUGAAGCAGGGCCCACACAAUUCAAGCUCCCAACACCUCGACACAAGCAACUAGGGAAACUCCGUCUGCCAAAGGAGAAAGAAGGCCCAUUUUCUCACCAAGUCAAAAUGCCAGUAGCAAAGCCCGUCCCGGGUGUACCCAUGACGGUCCCUGGUUCUCGGUCUGGUCGGGUCAAGCCAAAGACGAUGGGUGGCGCUGCUAAGCGAGAAGUAGAGGCAGAGACCCCACUACCUAUCCUUCCCUCCAAGCUAGGAGGUGCCGGUGUGCCACAGACAGCUAUACGCUCUCAGAGUGUGCAACUCUCUUCUUUUACCUUGCCGGCUUUCAAGCCAGCCACUGAGCCGAAGAAGAGAGGCAUCCUUGCACGAUCGCCUAUUUAUGGAAACAACUGGAGAAAGUUUAAGGAAGCGGUGGUGAGGAAGAUCACGAAGCCUAACUUACCAUUUGCUCCUAAGAAGGGGGCUUGGUAGAUUGCGAUUGGGAGGGAGGGAAUGAAGGUUAAUGAUGUUAUGCUUGAUAUGUUUAGAAAUGGAAAAAUCGAUAUAAA